UACUUCACGAUUAUAUACGCGCUGCUCAGUGAAACAUUUUCAUACAUUGCGCAUUUCGCAGCUGCACACUUCACUGUAAUUACCCGAGCUUUUUUGAGACAUUUGAAGAAUUAAACAUUCAACCAUGGCCAACUACAUUCACGUCCCCGACGAGGCUCCCGCUGUGCCCAAAAUAGACGUGACAGUUGACGAAGGCGACUACAGACCCGGUGCCCUGAAGCUGAUCAAGGAGCUGAGACCGAGCUGGAAGCCAUCCGAGGUCAAAAUGAAGUUCUUCACAGAUGGCAUAACCAAUAAGCUUCUGGGCUGCUACGUGGGUGCGGUCAUGCAGGAUGUGGUUCUGGUCCGAAUUUAUGGCAACAAAACGGAAUUGUUCGUGGAUCGGGAAAACGAGGUGAAAAGUUUCCGAGUCCUGCACGCGCACCGCUGUGCCCCGCGUCUCUACUGUACUUUCAACAACGGUCUGUGCUACGAGUUUCUGCAAGGGACUGCCCUGGAGCCUGAGCACAUACGCAGCCAACCUGUUUUCAGGCUCAUUGCCAGGCAGCUGGCUAAGUACCACGCCAUCCACGCCCACAAUGGCUGGGUGCCCCAGUCUGACCUAUGGCUGAAGAUGGGCAAGUACUUUGCUCUCAUCCCCAAGUACCUCAAAGACCCUGAGCAGAACACCAGGUUAAUGAUGGAGGUGCCCAGCCCGCGGUGCCUCCGAGAAGAGCUGGUGUGGCUCCAGCAGAAUUUGUCAGUGCUGGGCUCCCCCGUAGUCCUCUGCCACAAUGACCUGCUCUGCAAGAACAUCAUCUAUAACCAGGAGGCAGGUAAUGUAAAGUUCAUUGACUACGAGUACGCUGGGUACAAUUACCAAGCCUACGACAUUGGGAAUCAUUUCAAUGAAUUUGCUGGCCUGAAUGAAGUGGAUUAUAGUCACUAUCCAGGGCGGGCCUUUCAGCUGCAGUGGCUCCGCUCCUACCUGGAGGCCUAUAAGGAACAUAAAGGCCAGUGCAGUGACGUGACUGACAGAGAGGUGGAGAUACUUUUUGUCCAAGUCAACCGAUUUGCCCUGGCAUCGCAUUUCUUCUGGGGUCUCUGGGCUUUGAUUCAGGCCAAGUUCUCCACCAUCGAUUUUGACUUCUUGGGAUAUGCAGUCCUUCGCUUUAAUCAGUACUUCAAGAUGAAACCAGAGGCGACUGCGCUGAACUUUCCAGAAUAAAAGCCCCUGCCCCCUACUUCUCUUCCUCCAGCUCUUUCUACCUUCCACCCUGCUCUGCGCCUCACACGACGACUGCAGAGCGCCCUCUAGGGGUCUAUGUAGGGAAGAGCCAGACCUGUUCAGUGCCUGCAUGUCCCAUCCACACGUCCUUAUCUCUGUAGAUUGAAUGGACCACAGUCUUAUCCAUCAUCCGCAGUCACAUACUUUGUCAAGCGUCAGGGUAACCCAAAUUAUUUGUAGUCUGGGUGCGUGUGAAGUAUUCUAAGACGUGCUAUAAUGUGAAGCCCACAUGGCUACAUUUACUGAGGUCAUUUGAAUGAUUCUAAUGUUGAAAAGGAUAUCAACAUGAUCUUUACAUAUUUUCCAGCAGCUUUUCUAACAGCUCAAAUAAUUAUGAAUGGUACCACGUGGGUGAAAUAUUACCUCAUUCACAACCAAUACAUAGCAACCACCAACAUGACUGGCCCAAACACUAAUCUGAUUGCCUGGAGACACCUUUUGUAAACGCUCACAUGAGCAUUUUAAUGUGGAAACCCCUCCAGAGCUAACGAACAGAUUUAUAAUGACAGAAAAGCAAUACAAAACUGGCUUUGUUUGCUGAAGAACCAAGUUGGAGAUAAAAAAAAACAACCUCAAACGACAAGAUGGAAAGGCCAGUGCUGUCCUUAAUCCCUUGUGAUAAAAGCCACACAAAGGAAAAAACAAACAAACUUGUGGCCUGCCUUGUGACUCUCUUGUUUUCACCCUUAUUUUGUCGCCAGCACACUGCACACGGGUGUUGUGCAAGAAUAGCCAUGUAGUCAUUGUUGCUGUGUAGUUUGGUGAGGGCUUGUGUGUUUUGGCUUUCUAGACUGAAGGUAGAAACAUCAAGUUGUAGAAGAGCAUCUUGUGUUUACAUCCAACCUCCUCCCCCUGAGUUAAGUAGUUGUAUAUCACUGAACAGUUGAUUGAGUUUUUCACUCUAUUGUUUUUGACAUGUCUUUUUGUCUAAUUCUCGACAGGAGACACUCAUGCAUUUCACUGUAAUUUGAACAUUCCAUGUUCAUAAUACUAGGCAGGAUAUUUAGCAGUAGCUCACAUGGUAGGUCAGCAGUGUGGGGAAUAUUAUUCACUAUGAUGUCGGCUGUGCGCCACGCUGCACUUAGAUAAGACCAAACCAUUCUAUUGUCUGCUCUGUGUCAGGGAAAAGUUUGGGAAUAAUCUCCAGAUAUUAUAAAACACUGCUGUUCAGGCCUUUAUGAACACAGGACUGAUCAUUUCCUAUACUUGUAGACCAGUUUUCAUUCACAUGGUGAUGUGGCCUUGCAGAUUGUCAUUUUAAGCACUUGAUGUUGAAAUGAAGGUGUGUAGAAAAGUGUGUCAUUUUAGGGAAAAAGAAAGUGAAGUUGGUUAUCUAAUUUCUUACAUCUGUUUUGAAGUUUUUAAAAAAAAAUGCAAUGAAAGCCAUCUGUUAGUGGGACCUGAGGAGCGAGAGCACCAUCUGUUGGACAGAGAAAACAAUGGCUGCUGUCUGUCACUGUUCUUGAUAUUCACGUUUGACUUUAAUAUUUUAAAAGGAGCUUUGGGAGGCCUUUGAAAAACGUCAUCUCUUGGUUACUUUAAUAAGCAUACACCAAAGUGCUGACAUGUUGUUUUUUUUUGGCUUGUAUAUAACGCACACUGUAUUGUUUGUCCAUGUAGCACAAAGAGAAAUAGAAUAAUCAUUAUAAAGACCUCCUUUUUUCUUUUCUUUUUUAAAUUUUCUUUUUUUAGAAAUGACAUUUUUUAUACUUAUUUAAAUGGAAAUGUUAUGGCUGUGGUCUUUGAGAGUGUGUGGAUGUUUGCUGGUGCAAUAAGAGAUGAAUCUUGGGCAAAUUUUUAGAAAAAAAGAAUUGAGCUUCCUGAGCAAUUUAAAGCUAAAAAUGUGAAAGGUGUUUGCUUUCACAUCCACUCCAAAACAAGUUACCUUAUUACAAGUUUGCCCAAAGGCUCUCUGCUGUAACAAGUGUGCAAUGCUCCGUGAAUAGACCAAUACUGACAAAACUGGAAUGUCCGCUCAUGUUCACACCACACUGUUCAUCUACCACAGCGAAGGAAUAGGCAUUGAAGUGUUAGUCUGCCAGUGUGCCUGUAAAAGCUUACGGUUUUAAAGUUUGAAGGUUAGGUCUGUUAUUUCUAUCUUUACUUUAUUGUUGUGUGUCUUUCAUGGUGGGAGAUUAAGAUGGAAGUAAAAGAUGGAAGUAGUUUGAGUCAGACCUUAUAGAAAAUUUAAAUCUAUGUACAUUGAAUUUAAAAAAAAAUCUUCCUUUAAAAAUGUAUUUGAUGGUACCGGUUUUGAUUAAUAUCAACAGUUGAACCAUGUGGGAGAUUGUACUGUGUUGGGUAUCUGAUAAAUAGACUGUCAGAUCAUGUUUACAUAUAACACAUAAAUCAAUGCAGCUUGUCAAAUUCUACUGCCACAUAAUCCAAAUAUUGAAAAUAUUUAUAGGUACACUGCUGAAAUAUAGCUUAUAGGCUUUAUCACCCCAUACAUAUGAAGCAAAUAUGCAUUUCCACUGUGUGUCAGAGGUAAUUUCAGUACUACUUAGCACACUACAUUUCAGAAGUAUGCUUGUAUUUAACAUUGUAAAGAAACUUGUCCUUAUACGUUCGCUCUGGCCACUGUAGCAUAUGUUUAUAUGUACAGUAACGAAAUGUAAUAUCUUUGCCUUUUCUCAAAUGUGAAUGAAUGUACAUAGAGGGAGUUUUAUUUUCUUUUUUUUUUUAAAGUUACAUUAAAGUGAAUAGUUGCCUGGGGUAAGAGGUGAAAUUUAAAAAAAAAGACAUUUUCAAUACUGUAAACAUGCUUUGAGAAAUAAAAGUCUAUUUACCCUUA